AAACUAGCCCAUUAUCAAGCAACAACACAGAUAAUACAAAGAAAGUUUCUCAUAUUGUUUUCCUUUUCAUCCAUCAUUUCUUAGCAAAGACAAAAAGUUUCCUCUGAACAUGAUCAAUUCCAAACCUCUGUAACCACACUGCAUUUCAAACACCACCACUCUCUUGUGUCUUUUCAUCUCUCUCACACUGUCCUUUUUUUUUGUCAUAUUGCAAAACAAAACAAGCUUCAAAGAAACCAAAACUAAUGGCAACAAGUUCAUUUCCCAUUCAUAGUUUUGUUCCUGUUGGUUUCAGAUUCCGUCCAACAGACCAAGAGCUUGUUGACCACUACCUCAGAAACAAACUACUUGGUAAUGUUUCGGUUGUCAACAAUGUUAUAGCUGAAGUUGAUGUUUGCAAGUUUGAACCAUGGGAGUUACCAGGUUUUUCUGUGAUAAAAUCUGAUGAUCCUGAGUGGUUUUUUCUGUCUCCGCGUGAUUAUAAAUAUGCUAAGAGCAAGAGGUUUAACCGGGCUACAAAAUAUGGAUUUUGGAAGGCUACUGGUAAUGACAGGAAUGUUAAGGUUAGAGGGACUGAUAAGGUUAUUGGGACUAAGAAGACUCUUGUUUAUUAUAAAGGUCGGGUUCCUGGUGUGAAGACCAAUUGGGUUAUUCAUGAGUAUCAUGCUGCCAACUUUGAGGAUGAUCAGAGGACUUUUGUUUUAUGCCGCUUGAUGAAGAAAGCGGAGAAAAAGCCCGAAGAGGAAGCUGAUAUAAUGGUCUGUGAUGAAGGGGAGCCCAGCAGACACAUGAGCUCUGACUAUGAAAAUCGAGAAACGGUCGAAGGAAUUCCUGAUGUGAUAAGUGAUCCUUUACCGGAAAUGAACAUGGGAUCAGUAUUUCAAGAGCCGCAUCAGGCAGACAGAUACUUUCCCUUCGCGACGCAACAAUCUUUAAUCUCUGAAAACGAGCCGGAAGUCUCUGUCCCAAACUUCCGAUUCCCCGAUGCCUAUUUUGGAAAUGAGAAUAUCGACUUUCAGAGUUCGUUUGAAACAAUUGAAGAGGAAGAUAAGUUCAUCAACUCAAUGUUGAUCGAGUCUGAGUCGUUGAGAAUGGCCUACUAUAAUAGCAGCGAAGCAGAUGUUGAUAUAGUCUCUACGCCGCUGUUACACAAUUUUCUUGAUACUUCAACAAUGUAUCUUGAAAAUCCUAGUUCGGGCGAAUAUGGAUGUACUCGUGUUCUAUCUUUUAACAAUGAUGAAAGCAAAGACGAACAUGAAAGUACCUAUUACGACGAUUUUGGGGGAGUGGAGGCAUCCUCUUGUGACUCAACUGCCGGUAAAUCUUUGGAGAUGAGCUCUGUCGAAAUUUCCAGUUCUUCGACACCAAGAAGAGACAAAAACCAAAAUCGUUCAUCUUCGUGUCACAAAUAGAUGUGUCAAGACAAAGGACGAGCACCAACACAAAGGACGGUUUCAAUCAAAAGAAGAUACAAUUUUGAGGUGAGAAAACCAAGCAAGGGCAUUGCAAAUGAAGAAACAUGACUUGAUCAAAUGAUUCAUUCAUUAAUAUCAUGCUAGAUUUGUUGGAAACUGAUGCACAGGAAAAUCUGUACAGAUGAUAAUCUAUAUCAAAUAGGUUGUCACUUACCAUCUAUGUGUGACUUGUGUCACAAGGAAGAUGAAUCUAUGGAGCAUUUGCUCUUUGAGUU